UUAUUUGUUUUUUGGUUGUUGUUGUUUUAACCUGUCAAAAUUUAAUAAAGAUUCUUUAAAAAACGAAAAACGUAACGCGUGUAGCCUAACUGAAAUCACCUGUUACGCAUGCGUUGGAGGUCAAAUUGAUUACUGUUGGUGCGCAAAGAAAAAUAGAUCCUUAAAUGGCUGGAAAACAACAACAUUAUCGCUUUGUAACAUAAAUGUAAAAUGAUAGUGUUUAUACAUGAGCUGUGUUAUUAUUCUAAACACAAUAGUCUAUGUCAUGUAUAUGGACAGGAUAGGGGCUAAAAUAGGGGUUUAGUGUAUGCCUUUACACAACUUUAAAAUACAUUUAGAGAUGUUUUCCUAUCGGCAAAUGAUCGAAAUGUAGUGAACGACUCUACGUUUAUGAGACGUGCUGCUGUGGCCGCGUUUGCCGUGCAACCAGGACACUUGUUCAGGUAGCUACAAGGGAAGCAGAGGGGGCGGUAGGCUACUUGCCGGAUAGAGAGAGCCACUCCUGUCUGAUUAAUGCUGAUAUACUUGAGGACAGAGUAUAGACAGACAGGGCAGCAACGGCACUUUGCUACAUGAAGAGACGGCCCGCAGAGACCUCACUCCAAAUCCAGGUGAAAUUAUUGGACUGUAAAUAUUUGGGACGAGUUAUGGGUGCAAUGCGGCUGACAUCGGCUCACAGAUACGUUCAGAAGUCGAAGAGUUUUAAAUGUGUGCUUUGCUUUCCUAUUGCACUCUGUGUUCUCUACUUCACAUCUUCAUCUUUGCAACUUUUAAUAGGCCUGCUACCUAUGGACAAAUGCUCUUUGGAAAGUGCAAAGAUGCUCUCCCUGGACAACAGCGUGGAUACGAGCCUUGAUCUUGGGUCAAGACAUGACGUGCAAACAUGCACAUCUUGGAAAGCUCCCAUUAUCUGGGAUGGGAUGUUUGACCCUGGUCUUUAUGACCAGACGCACAAGAGGGAAGGAUCCUCUGUGGCCUUAACAGUGUUUGCUGUGGGAAGGUACCUGGAUGCUUACCUCAGCACCUUCCUGAACUCAUCAGAGCAUCACUUCAUGGUGGAUUUGCCCGUCACGUAUUACGUAUUUACGGACAACCCAGAGAAGAUGCCGGACAUAAAGCUCGCCCCUCAGAGAAGCAUAAAGGUUAUCAAAGUGGAGAGGCACGCCAGGUGGCAGGACAUCUCUAUGAUGCGAAUGAAGGCGAUAUCAGGUGUCAUAGAGUCAGACAUUCGCCACCGCUGCACUCAUGUCUUCUGCUUUGACGUGGACCAGGUGUUUACUGGGAGAUUUGGCUCGGAGGCUCUGGGAGAUUCUGUGGCUGUGCUGCAUGCAUACUACUACCGCCUUCCAAGGAUGUGGUAUACCUACGACCGCAACCUAAAGUCCAAGGCGUACAUGGAAAAUGGGGAUUUCUACUACCACGCUGCUGUGUUUGGAGGCUCGUGGAGGAGUGUAAAAGCGCUGACUGAGGCCUGCUAUCAGAGCAUCAUGGAGGAUAAAGAGAAUGGUGUGGAGGCAUUGUGGCACGAUGAGAGUCAUCUCAACAAGUACAUGUGGCUUCAUAAACCAAGCAGGGUGCUCUCUCCGGAGUACUGCUGGGACACCAGUAUCGGCUACAGGACCGACAUACGAGUCUCUCGAUUACUGUGGGCACCAAAACAUUAUGAUUCACUCCGUACAAGUUAGCGAGGUUUGGAACUGCUGCAAAAUCACCAACUACUAAACUGAACUCUCUCAGGUUUUCAGAGCAGUGAUUUGCUCAUGCACAAGUGUGGAUUUUCCUAAUGUAGUGACAUUCAGCGCCUUCGCUUGUAGAUAAUUGUUAAAAUUAGUAAAUCUAUGCAAAUGCUGCCUUUGCUCUAUUGUCAAUUUAUGUGUACAAAAUACUUUAUUAAGUAAAUGUAAGUGUGCUGAAAAGUAUCACAGCAGCUUCUUUUUCAUCAUUUUAUUUCUCCCUCUUUUUGUAAAAUACAGGUUAGUUUUUCAAAGUCACAUAACACCAAUCAGCCAUAACAGGUGAUGAUGGUAAAGUGAAUAAGACUAAUUAUCUGGUUAUCAUGGCUCCUUUCAGUGGGUGGGAAAUAUUAGGCAGCAUUUUGUCCUUGUUGAUGUGUUAGAGGCAGGAAAAAGGAAAAAUGGGCAGCGUGAGGAUUUUAGCAACUUUGACAAGGGACAAAUUGUGAUGGCUAGAUGACUGGGUCAGAGCAUCCCCAAAACUGCAGCUCUUGUGGGGUGUUCCUGGUCUGCAGUGGUCGGUAACUAUCAAAAGUGGUCCAAGGAAGGAAAAGAGGUAAACAGGAGACAGGGUCAUGGGGGGCCAUGGCUCAUUGAUGCACGUGGGGAGCGAAGGCUGGCCUGUGUGUUCUGAUCCAACAGACGAGCUACUGUAGCUCAAACUGCUUGAAAAGUUAAUGGUGGUUCUGAUAGAAAGGGGUCAGAACACACAGUGCAUCACAGUUUGUCUGUAUGGGGCUGCAGAACAUUAUGACCACCAGGGUGCCCCGGAGUUCAUAAUGUUAUGGCUGAUGGGUGGAUAUAUAUGUGUGUGAAUUUAUCAGAUUCGCCUCUUUCUCAGUUCCUUCUUUCCUGAUGGACAGUUAUCAUACAGUCGAGACACUGCCAUACUAUUUUUUUCAAAGGUGUUAAGAGCUCAGAAUGAUGAACGAUGAAUUGAAGAUAUGGUGAAACCACUUGUGAGAUAAAGGACUGACUAAUUUGU